AUAUAAAAAGAUGCCAAAACUAAAUGCUAGUUAUCAAUCUCCAUUUGGAAGUCAUUGGAUUUUGAACGUAGAAAUUCAAUUGAUACAGCAACUAACAUGAAGGUUUUCGUUUGUCUUAUGGCCAUUUGUGCCGUCGCUAAUGCCGGCUUCCUGUUCGGAGGCGGUGCUGGAGGAGUUGGAGGCGGCUAUGGCGGUGGUUAUGGUGGUGGCGUUGGAGGCGGCUAUGGUGGUGGUUAUGCCAGCGGCCACGGUUAUGGCGGUGGCCAUGGAGGCGGUCAUGCCGGCGGUGUCUCUGUCAUCAAAGUAAUUUCUGAAGGUGGUGUUGGCGGCGGUUAUGGCGGUGGUGUUGGUGGCGGCUAUGGCGGCGGUAUUGGUGGCGGCUAUGGCGGUGGUAUUGGCGGCGGCUAUGGCGGUGGUAUCGGCGGCGGUUAUGGCGGUGGUAUCGGUGGCGGUGAAGUCAAAGUUAUCAAAGUCAUUUCUCAAGGUCACGCUGGUGGUCAUGGAGGCAGUUUCGGUGGCGGUUAUGGCGGCGGCUUCGGUGGCGGUUAUGGCGGCGGCUAUGGUGGCGGUCACGGAGGACACGGUGGUGUCGGUCACGUCAAGGUCAUUAAGGUUAUCUCUGAAGGUGGCUCCUACGGUGGUGGCUUCGGUGGCGGCUAUGGCGGCGGUUAUGGUGGCGGCUAUGGUGGUGGUCAUGGCGGUUGGGCCGAUUAA